UUAAAAUGGCAGAUUUAGAUGAGAAGAAAGGAGUAUCUGAGGCAGAUUUGAACGGCUCUAUCUUACACCAAAACCCCAGAGUUUCCAUUCAGAUGCCGUACCAAGAUUCACAUAAAGAUGAAGAAACAAAGGAUAGGAAUAUGAAUUCCGAUAUUCUGCCAGAUAUUGGCGAACACUACCUGGUUCAACGAUCUGAUGGAACAUGGCAUGCUGCAGAAAUUAUCCAGACUCGUGCCAAUGAACAGACUAGCGGGAAGCAUGAAUUCUAUGUCCACUAUGAAGGAUUUAAUAGGCGUUUGGAUGAAUGGGUUGAGAUCGACAAAUUUGAUUUGAUAACAAAGAUAGAGGAUCCACACAACAACAAAAUGAAAGAUGUAUCCAUCAUCAUGACAGAUCUGAGUGACGGCACUGACAGGAAAAUCACACGGAACCAGAAACGAAAACAUGAUGAGAUUAAUCACGUUCAAAAGACCUAUGCUGAAAUGGAUCCAACAACUGCUGCCCUUGAGAAAGAACAUGAAGCUAUCACAAAAGUGAAAUACAUUGACAAGAUUCAGAUUGGUCGAUAUGAGAUUGAUGCCUGGUAUUUUUCACCCUACCCUGAAGAAUAUGGCAAACAGUCUAAGCUGUGGUUGUGUGAAUAUUGUCUGAAGUAUAUGAGACUGGAAAAAUCAUACAGAUAUCAUCAGAGUCAAUGUAUCCAUCGCCAUCCAUCAGGGAAGGAGAUUUACAGAAAAGGAACCAUAUCUGUGUUUGAAGUUGAUGGAAAAGACAGCAAGAUAUAUUGUCAGAAUCUGUGCCUUCUCGCGAAAUUAUUCCUGGACCAUAAGACUUUGUACUUUGAUGUGGAGCCCUUCAUGUUCUAUAUUCUCACAGAAGUGGACAGACAUGGCUGCCACCUCGUUGGUUACUUCUCAAAGGAAAAAGAAUCUCCAGAUGGGAACAAUAUAGCUUGUAUUCUCACACUACCACCAUUCCAGAGGAAAGGAUAUGGAAAAUUCCUCAUAGCAUUUAGUUAUGAGCUAUCAAAGCUGGAAGGUACUGUCGGGUCUCCAGAAAAACCACUUUCUGAUUUGGGAAAGUUGAGCUACAGGAGUUACUGGUCCUGGGUAUUACUGGAAAUUCUGAGGGACUUUCGAGGAACUUUGUCAAUACGUGAUCUCAGUCAAAUGACAAGUAUCACACAGCAUGAUAUCAUUGGCACACUGCAGUCCUUGAAUAUGGUGAAGUACUGGAAGGGACAACAUGUAAUCUGUGUCACACCAAAGCUUGUUGAGGAACAUUUAAAGAGUGCUCAGUACAAACGUCCAGUUCUCACAGUGGAUUCUUCAUGUCUGCGAUGGGAACCACCAAGAAAGAUUCAAAAACUUCUGAAAAAAUGAUGAGAUCAAAACGGGAACAUUUAAUUUAAAAGUAUUUGAAAGAAAUUUUAUUAUAUCAGAAACACCUCAUUAACAAUCUGUUGUUCGUUAGUGGAAAAGAAAUUUUUUUGAAUGUGUCGAGAGCAAAUUAUUUUUCAUGUAUAUCAGAAUGUGUUGUCUUUGGGCGGUUAUUAAUUGGAUGUGAAGUACGAUGUUUAUCUAUUUUAUUCACUUAUUUGUUUAUACACAGAUCUUUCUAUCUAUAAACAGUCUCCCUUCAAAAAUAAUAUUAGCUAUAGAAGUGACACCAAAAAUUUGUGAUUGAGCCAGAGUAAGUGAAGUGAAAUUAGGUAAAACCAGAUACACUUUCUGAGUGAAUAAAAGUUUACUGUCAAGUACGAGAUUGCAUUCUCCUAUCUCCUAGAAUUGUUUCUCAAAAUGUAUUUCUUCCUUUGUUCAAAAUUAUCAAGAAAAUUAUGUUUCAAUAGUUUAAUUAGGCUUAAUUUGUUAUUAUAAACAUAUUGAAAUCCUUUGUUGCUCUCAUAUAAACUUCGAGACUUGUCUUCAAAUUCUUAGCACAAGAUCUUGUGUAGUUUGUGUCUUUUGCGAAAUAUUUGGUAGAAAUUACUCGGGUUUCUUGAUGGUGGAGAUAUUCAUGACGAUGGAGAUAGGACUAUUCAUGACAGUGUUUAUUUCUUUUAAAAAGUUUGUUCCCAAACAAAUCAGUGAAAGUUACCUAUUGUGUCUGUCACAUAUUUACUUAACAUUGAUAAUUAUUUCUCCUAUGCUGCACAGAGAAGUCUCUGUUUUUGUCAGGAAAAAGACAAAUUUGUCUUUACCAGGAUAGGAAAAAGACAGCCGACACAUGCUAUGUCACAAGGAUAAAUUGUCCAUGUAUUGUCACUGUAUUGUUUCAUACAAUUGUUGUGACCAGGUAAUAUCUGCUCCAACUCGAGGGAUUUUGGUUUGAUAACAGUUAGACAGAUAUUUUACUUUGUUCUGACAGUGAUUUGUUAAUUUGUAUGCACGGGAGAAAAUAAUCAAACUUGGGUCUGUGUUGUGGAAAGGGAUAUAUCAACCCUAGUAAUAUGUAAGAGUUUGGCUGACCACUCUUACAUAAGAAACGAGAGAUUCCUGUCCACAGAACAGGCCCAUGCAAGAUCCAGUUACAUUUGUAGUCCAUAAAUAAUCACUGACCAAUUUUGUUUUUGUAAAUGUCGUGCUUAUUUGUUGGUAAAAUAUGAAGUAUGUCAGUCUGACCAUGUGUAAGCAACAACUUUUAUUUUUAUGUAUUGUUGUAGAUAUUGUUAAAAUAAAAACAUUAAGAUUUUACUAAACA